GACGAGUAAGGAACCAAGGUAAAUCUACCAACCAAGCUGAGGUACUAGGUAAGGUAUCUAGUAGGACCUGAGUCAAAACUCAAUGACCCUAAUGGACCUUUCAGCAUGUCGUCUUGCUAUUUGUCCCUUGGUCUUUGAGUUCCCGGUGACCAUCUCAUCUUUGUUGCUCUGCAAGGCCAUCGGUUUACUCGGCGCAAUGCCACGCAUCCUACCUACAUUGUGCUCAUGCUGGUUGCGCGGGGUCCUAGACUACUCCUCUUUACUUUCUGGAAGUCUACCUCGAUGCGGGGCUGGUAGUAACCGCUCCUAUCAUUAAUCGAGUCAUCAACCUACAACAGGAUGAUGAUCGCGAUGCAGAAGCUGGUGUCUCUCAGCUGUUGACGGACUGGCAUCCUUGUACCUACCUAUACUUCCUUGGCGCGGAGUAAACUUGUGUGCAACCAUGUCCUCCACCGCUUCAUGGUGAACCCCAAAGGCCUGGUCCCGAUAGGAUGAACGACUACCUACCUUACUUGGUCAUCCACCCUGGCCUGUGAGUGAGUAUAAGAACGUGCUUCCUCCACGAGUCGACUUGCAUGUUGGACAGACCUUCUGCCUCCAGCAUCUCUGCUGUCCACUAUCACAGCAUUCUGUACCAACAUGGCAAGGUCACUGUCUCUCUUGAUUUCCUACGGUCUGGUAGGCCUUGUUGGCUUCGUCCAAGGCCAGACCUUUGAUCCCAACAAGGCUACUCCCGAGACUUGGGAUCCUGCCAAGGUCGGUACGGACAAGACGACAAAUGCCACCUAUAGAAAUCCAGUUAUGACCCAGAACAUUGGAGACCCAUGGAUGACCACAUAUAUGGAAAAUGGGGAAAACUGGUAUCUAUUUACGUACACCACCAACGACAACAUCACCCUCAAGCGCUCCAGGGCUCUCACCGACAACUGGGACAACGCAGAGAGCCGUGUCAUCUUCAAACCGGACCCCAAGAGCGGCGAGCCGUGGUCCACCAGUAUUUGGGCGCCCGAAAUUCAUAACAUCUCAAACAGAUGGUAUGUCAUGUUCACGGCAACUCCAGACGGGGAUAAUCCACCACCCAUGCAGGAUGCCUUGUGUCCCUACAACUGUCCAGCCGUGAACCACCGCAUGUUUGUUCUGGAGAGCAGCGGAUCGGAUCCAUGGACCUCCGACUUUACCUUGAAGCCCGAGGUUAACACGUAUGACCAAUUCGCAAUCGAUGGGACGUACUGGCACUACAACGGCCAGAUGUAUCACAUAUACUCUUGUUGGGAAAACGCAUACUCGGCCUGGCCUGCCAACCUCUGCAUCACGCACAUGUCGAAUCCUUGGACCGUCGACUCGAGCCUGGCAGAUAGGCGCAUCAUCUCUGUACCCGAUCAGCCCUGGGAGAAGACGCCCUAUGGUAGCACAAACAUCCGCCUCGCCUCCAACGAAGCGCCUCAGCAGCUCACCAAUCCCAAGACCGGUCAGCAGUUCCUCAUGUAUUCUGCCGCGCGCGUCAACACGCCCUUCUACUGCCUGGGUAUGCUCGAACUCGUGGGAAACGACCCAAUGAUGCACACGUCCUGGAAGAAGCACACGGACGGUUGCGUCUUCCACCUCAACAGCGCCGAGAACAUCUACGGGACCGGCCACGCCAGCUUUGUGACGUCGCCCGACGGUAGCGAGAACUACGUCGUCUAUCACGCCCAGACGACACCCAAGCCCAAGGCCGACUUGUACCGCACGGCACGUAUCCAAAAGUUUACGUGGGAUGAAAAGACGGGUGCGCCCGUGUUCCCAGCCGCGUCCAAUGGUCCGUUUCCUGUACCGUCUGGCCAAAACGGAAAGAAACCGGCCGCAGUGAGGUCAAUUCGAGGGCUGGGCGAAAUCAGAGGCAUUUAGGCGCUGCUAGAUGGUCUUUGCAAAGGCCGCUUGGUUCAUAAAUGAGAUAAAUAUCUGCCAAGCUGAAUAUUAGUGAUCAUCAUAUUCUUCCAAUUGUUCCACAGGCAGUAAUGGUUGUCGGCGUUGGAUCGUCUACAUGCAUAGUAGUCUGCCUCACAAAAGCUACAAUGGCAAUUGAAUUCUCAUCAAGCUCCUCUUACCGGUAGAGUUGUUGGCAGUAACAAUCACCAGAAGUUUUACCCUCAUAGAAUUUGAAAUCGACCGACGGCUUACUACACAGUACUCAAUGCUUUGGCUCGAGGAUCUACCCGUAGUGGCCUUGGCGCUAAGCGGUUUACCCCUUGUAACGACAGGGGCCCUAGACAUGUAUGCAUUUGGUAGGUACCUAGGUAGGCAUCAUCAAUCAAGAGCAAACCCUCCCACUCUUGAAUUCAGCUCCUUGAAUAAAAG